AUGGAUAUCAAUCACCAUCUCCCCAGAUCCAAACAAGAUACUGUCACCAUGAACACUGCGAUUAAAAAUCUCACGCUCACCAACCCCGCCGCUGUCAUCGAGUUGCAACGACGGCGCGCAAACUUCUGUGCAGACACCUCGAUUCUGCCAAGUAUUCGCACUCGAGGUCUUUUGAUGUUGGAUGAUGUGCUGAGGGUGCAUGUACCUACGGCGUUGAACGAGGGCCAGUCGGUUGCUCCAUUGCUACGUAGAGUCAUCAGGACGCUGGGUGCAUUCUACCAAGAGAACCAAGAGCGGCUCACCGCAAACGAAGAUUUCAUCAUGCAGGAGGAACAGGGAAGCAGUGAGAAAGCAAGUGAACUGCUACAAGAGGACAAAGAUGAAGAUGACGACAUGCUGGAUGUAAAAGCGCAUCAGUCCGAGCCGUCGAGCGCGCGAAUGUCACUGGAGACGAGGCUUACAAAAGCACGAGCGACACUGGACAACAGAGCUGCAGUGAAACAAAAGCGGCAAAGGGCAGCACUCGCUAUGCGUGUUAAGGCUGCAGAGCAGCGCAAGCAAAGACAGAUAGAUCUCGUGGACACGAACAAGCCAUUGCUUCUACAGCAAACCGCAUCGCUAGCAGCAACCAACGAGUUAAUCACCGCCACGACACCUUCUCUACUUCCCUCAGAAAAUCAACCCACGGUAGCUACUUCACCACUAACGGCACCGACCCAUACUCGUUCCAUGCGCCAACGCACCCAGCAGCAAAUGUGCCCAUACCAUCACCACCACCCACAAUCCCAAGACGCUCACCAGCCACCCGCCACCCCCAGCGUACCGAAAAAACCCGAAAGGUUCUCAACCACCUUCCAAUCCACCACCGGAGUCCCCUCUCUUAUCGUUAAAUUGUCCUUUUCUACGCUCAAUUCGUCGGAGCUAAAUCAUGCAGUGUCUUCGUGGCCGAGUACUGCACAAGGGAGGGGGCAGAAACGGGGUUUGACGACGACAGUGGGGGAGGAUGAGGGAAAGGGGAAGAGUAAGAGGAAGAAGAAAGGAAAGGCGGGGAAUGAGAAUGGGCGCGGGAAAGGACAAACCGGGACUGUCAGCAAGACCGGGAGAGGGAACAAAAGCGGUGCUACUCUUCCUUCAAAUGCGGAAUCCGCAUCUGAAAUCACCUUAUCUAGGUCCACCAGUCAUAUCCCAAGUCAGAGGACUCAGCCAGCGAGAACGAGACAAAACAACUUUCCCUCCCAUCCUUCCGAAUCUCUCCAACCCACUCCCCCCCAUACCCCUUCCAUCCCCUCCCUCCCCUCCCUUCCCCCAAUCCCCUCCUACCCCACCAUCCCAACCAAAGCCCUCCCCCACUUCCACCGCGGCGUCACCAUCGCCCUCGAAAACAUCACGGACGAUAGCACGGCCAGUCCCGCACGCAGUCUUCACCAUAUCGUGCAAGAGCUGGAGGACGAGGUGCCGCGGGUGGAGAAUUGGGAACAUGUCAAGGUGUUGGAGGGGGCAAGGUGGGUUUAUGCUGUGUGUUUGGAGUUGGAGGGGGUUUUGGAGGAGGACGGGGUGGUGGGUGAUGGCGAUGGUGAUGGUGGAGAUGGUGAUGCCAUUGACCCCAAGGAGGAUGUGGGAAUACAGAAUGAGGUCCCUAUUCAGGGCAUACGCAAACCAGCCUCAGCAGUCCAGUCAACCCAGAACAUCGCAUCCCGUCCUCCCUCUCCCGAUGUUCCACCGCUUGGUUUGAACUACUCACACGCUCAAUUAACACCCUCUUCCCCAUCAGCAAACCACGAAACAGACAAUACUGUGGUUAUCCACGCUUUAAUGUUGCACUUCACAAUGUGGGCGGAAGGCGAGUAUGCACGGUUGACGGCGCGGCGGAGGAGGUAG